UCACUGGGCAGCCUAUGGCAGCAGGUCCCUCGAUCUCCAAGUGCCGCCUCCUCACUGGUGAUUGGCCGCAGGAUCUGUAGGUCAGGGAAUGCACACAGGCAGCCAAUCACCAGCGAGGAGGCGGAGCUUGGAGAGGAGGAGCCAAGCGGCAAAGCGAAGAUCGAAGAAGCUGAUCGGAGUGAGGGACCAGCUGGAGCCAGUGAAGAGAAGGAGAGCAGUCGGAAAAGGAAGACAGCUGAUUGGUAAGGUAAGUAUCUGUGUAUGCUGGCUGUGGAUGGGAAAGGGAGGGAGCCCAGGCUGGAGCAGGGGUCAGCAAAGUAAGUAUCAUUGGUGUCAGUGGGAG